ACUGGCGAAAGACCUCAUGAAUGCCGUAAGUGUGGGAAAACGUUCAAUCAGAAGAGUAACCUCAACACACACACCCUUACACACACUGGUGAAAGACCUCAUGAAUGCCAUGAUUGUGGGAAAAAGUUCAGUAGGAAGAGUUACCUCAAGAAACACACCCUUACACACACUGGUGAAAGUCCUCAUGAAUGCCGUGAGCGUGACAAAACGUUCAGCAGUAAGAGUGACCUCAAGAAACACACCCUUACACACACUGGUGAAAGACCUCAUGAAUGCCAUGAGUGUGGCAAAAAGUUCAGCAGUAAGAGUGACCUCAAGAAACACACCCUUACACACACUGGUGAAAGACCUCAUGAAUGCCGUGAGUGUGGCAAAAAGUUCAGAAGUAAGAGUGGCCUCAAAAGACACACCUAUACACACACCGGUGAAAGACCUCAUGAAUGCCGUGAGUGUGGCAAAAAGUUCAAUCAGAAGAGUACCCUCAACACACACACCCUUACACACACUGGUGAAAAACCUCAUGAAUGCCGUGAGUGUGGCAAAACGUCCAGCAGUAAGAGUGACCUCAAAAAACACACCCUUACACACACUGGUGAAAAACCUCAUGAAUGCCAUGAGUGUGGCAAAAAGUUCAAUCAGAAGAGUACCCUCAACACACACACCCUUACACACACUGGUGAAAGACCUCAUGAAUGCCAAGAGUGUGGCAAGAGGUUCAUUUCUAUGUCUGUGUUGAACAAGCACAUCUUCAGACACUCUGGCCUGAGAGAGUUCAAGUGUGAUGUUUGUAAGAAACAUUUCAAGACCAAGCAGGAUAUUGCUCGGCACAUGAAGAUUCACUUCCCCUGAGGUGCUGUGUUGUGCUGCUCGAUGUGUUAUGCAUGUGUGUGUGUGUGUGUGUGUGUGUGUGUGUGUGUGUGUGUGUGAAGAAUAGAAGAAUAGAAUAGAAUGCAUUUAUUGCUCAGACUUUUACGAUAAAAGUAUGGAGCACAGCCCCUGUGUAACCAGUUAUAUCAUCAACUCUAUCUAAAAUGCCUCAGAACUAAUUUAAUAAAAUGAGCCAAAUUGCUUAGCAUGUGCACAUUCAUCCCCUAUUUGUUCACCAUUACAUUUAUCACAAUACCAUUCUUCUCUUCUGAUAUCACGGUACCUGCCACUGACAACUGGUAAUUGGUUAUUUCCUGUGAGAAUCUUACUUAUAUUGAUACGGUUUGUUUUACUUAGUUUAACAAGGUAAUCCUCAAUCCCAUAAAUUUCUUUAUACAUACUGUAACUACUACAUUUGCCUUUUGUUGUUAUAUUCCUAUACCAAGUUGAUAUCCAUAAAUAUUUCAACCUCUGCUCAACGGUCUUCCUAAACAACUUAACAUUGUUGAUGGUUUGUGGCUGCCAUACGCCUGACAGACCACAUUCAAUACAUAUACGUUUUAUAUAGUCCAACCAUGGCAAUAUAAAAGUACCAGACAUACAUAAGUGCAAUAAACAUGUGUACAUAACAUAA